AGCUUUGAGCCAGAUUCCGGUUGGUGAAAAAAAAAACUUGAUCAAUGAGCUUUGAUCACAAGAACGACGAGAAACUUGUCUUUGAGACUUCGGAAAAUGUCAAAGUUGCUCCAACUUUCGACUCGAUCGGUUUGAAGGAAGAUCUGUUACGUGGUAUCUACGCUUACAACUUUGAAAAGCCUUCAGCCAUUCAACAAAGAGCUAUCACACCCAUUGUCAAAGGCCGGGAUGUCAUUGCACAAGCACAAUCUGGUACCGGUAAAACGGCCACUUUCUCUAUUUCGAUUCUUCAAAGCAUCGACACUACUCUCCGAGAGACGCAAGCCCUUGUCCUUUCACCCACUCGCGAACUUGCUACUCAGAUCCAGAGCGUCGUUCUCGCUCUUGGUGACUACAUGAACGUCCAGUGCCACGCCUGUAUUGGAGGUACCAGCAUUGGUGAAGAUAUCAGAAAGCUCGACAACGGUGUACAUGUAGUUUCAGGAACUCCAGGUCGUGUCUACGAUAUGAUUAGACGACGCAAUCUUCGUACCAGAAAUAUCAAGAUGUUGGUUCUCGACGAAGCAGAUGAACUGUUGAACCGUGGUUUCAAGGAUCAAAUAUACGACGUGUAUAGAUAUUUGCCACCAGCGACACAAGUUGUACUUCUUUCCGCUACACUUCCUCAUGAUGUUUUGGAAUUGACCACCAAGUUCAUGACAGACCCUAUCCGUAUUUUGGUCAAGCGUGAUGAAUUGACAUUAGAAGGAAUCAAGCAGUUCUUCGUUGCUGUCGAGCGAGAAGAGUGGAAGUUUGAUACACUUUGCGAUUUAUACGACACAUUGACCAUCACACAAGCCGUUAUAUUCUGUAACACUCGACGCAAGGUUGAUUGGUUGACGGAGAAGAUGCGAGAGGCUAACUUCACCGUUUCAUCUAUGCACGGUGAAAUGCCUCAGAAGGAACGAGAUGCUAUCAUGCAGGAGUUCCGCCAGGGUGCAAGUCGAGUGUUGAUCACUACCGAUGUUUGGGCUCGUGGUAUCGAUGUUCAGCAGGUUUCCUUGGUUAUCAACUAUGAUCUCCCAGCAAAUCGAGAAUUGUACAUCCAUCGUAUUGGUAGAUCUGGUCGUUUUGGUCGCAAGGGUGUUGCUAUCAACUUUGUCAAGCAAGAUGACUUGCAGAUUCUUCGAGAUAUUGAACAAUAUUACAGUACGCAAAUCGACGAAAUGCCAAUGAAUGUUACCGAUUUGAUUUAAGAUGUCUUGUCUGAAAGUCAGAGUAGAAAAAGCGCUUUUACAGUUGUUCGAUUCACGUUCCCUCCCUUCAUUCAGGGUUUUUUUUAUUACCAUCACGAUUAAAAUGCAAAAAAAUAAGAAAGUCAAAAAGACAAAACCCUAAAAAGAGGUGUGAUGUCAAGCCAUGUGACCACCAUUUUCCCCCAAUCCCGCAUAUCAUGCUUUUUGACGGCAGCUUGACUUUCUUCCUCAUUUCAUUAUACCCUCAUGACCAACUACAACUAUAUAAUUAAGUACAUAAUUGUCGGGGACACAGGUAUGUCUUGCAAUGUUCAUGUCCUGACCCU